AUGAGCAUAGCCCAAUACUUUGGGCGUGGUCACAUGGUGGAGGAUCUGACACUAGACUUGGAAGCACUUAGCCUUCUCGCUCAUCAGAGCAAUGCACAUAGAGCAGAUGCGAAAUCUUUUUCACCAGCAAGCCAGGUAAAAAGCAGUGACGGCAGCAGUAGUCGUUCUAGCCUCAAUGAUGCAAUCACGGUCGGAGGUGGCAUUAAGCGCAUCGAAGGAAAUAUUGCGGUGAAUGCGCUCAACGUUGGUAUCGCCGAAGUAUUUGAUGACCCCCUUUCGCGAAUCCUUUCUAGAAUAUGUGGGCUGCUUUUCGAAUAGGCAGAAGGGUACCACGACCAGAUUCGCGAGGACAUCAACCCUCGCGUGCAGCUUAUUCCGGAGGGUCUUUUCCCAGACAGCGUUAGCAAAUUUCUGUCGGCACCUGACCCCGCGACGACGUUCUUCACAACAGCGGGAGUGGAUCAAAGAAGGGAAACAGGAGCGGCAAAAGGCAGGAAAGAGAGUGUUGCAAAAAGCAACGGUACUCAGCGCAAGUUAGAUUUUUUGAAACUGGAUAUUGGGAGUUACGAUUGCGACGUCUUCGAGAGCAUGUUUCGUUUUUUGAUGCACCUGCAAAGGCGGCAGAGCACGGGCACGCUACGAGUCGAUUGGCGACCGACAGUUGUCAUCCUGCAGACAAAUUUGAUUCCACCGCCUUUCCGUCAUCCACUGUACUACGAGAAGACAUCAGCAGCUGACGAGAAUAUGGCCCCGACCGAAUAGAACGCAGUGUGGAAUUAGAGUUCGACUAAAGUGCAGACCGUUUGUUCCAUUUUAUGCAUCUAGGAGAUAAGCUUAGACUGCUUUUUUUUAUACAAAUUGAGAUUGAAUUUGAAAAAAAAUGGGUACUGCAAUGAAUUUGUACACUAUGAUUGAAUUGAUCCCUUUGCUUUCACAUAGACUACCGCAGUACGGAGAUAAGGAUGAUGCGCUCCGAUUAUUUUGAAGAAGGACAAAACUAGAUAGCGGCGACGACCUUUUUCCUCUUGCAAAUCUUCGUAGUGGAGUUAUCAGAUCCAGAUGCUGUCGGAUAAAGGCUACGACUUAGUUUCGAACGUGGGCGGUGAUAAUGUCUGUCUUCUCCGAGAAAGAUAUGUGAAGACUGUUCUUGCUCGCAACAGGCAAAAAGCACACCCACGCGAAACGCGACGCAAUGCUUCUGCCAAUGCAGAGCCGAUCCUUCGUUCACUGCUACAGGAUUAUCGCGGGCUCGUAGACGAGUUUGACUGCUAUCGUCAAUUGCGCUACCAGAGUCAGCCUUUUCUGUAUCAAGACGCUGCGGAUUGGGGCUAUUCGUAUGAAGAUUAUCGUUCAGACGUCUCGCGGCUGCGCAACUGGAAACCAAAUGUUCACAUCCAUGCUGCGAGACUGGUUCUUAUUCUCCGAUGUAGAAACCGCGUUUCCGCGUGUCUGCGGUAACACUACUCGAAAUAAUAAGAACGACGGCAAGUGAUGGCCAUUUACUUGUAGCGUUGCGUAUUAAAGGUUUCUCUCUCGAAGUGGGAGGGAUCAUAAUGUCACGAAGCAAUUGUGCAAAUAUGACAAGUCAACAAGUGCAGCGCACUUCUGCUGGAAACAUACAUCGUCAAGGAUUCUACCUGGAAAUAUCAUCGAAUACGAACAUGCUCUAUGCUACAAGAGUGGGAUUGACAUCAUCAGAUUAUCAUUUGCAUUCUUGCUGGAAGCCUCAUUAUUGCAGGCCUACAAGUAU